GUAACCACCACCACCACCACAUCGGAAACCACCCUCUCCGGCACACGCCACAACCAGCUGCGGAACGCUGUCGAAGCCACGUAGUGAGAUAUUCGGAUGUGAAACAAAAGCUUUGGGCGAUGCUAACCUCGACGCUAGAUUACCUUUCGCCUUUUUGUAGCCUAGCCCAGCUAGAGAUCCUGUGCAAACAGCUGUACGAGAGCACGGACACCGCCACCCGGCUCCAGGCCGAGAAGGCCCUGGUGGAGUUCACCAACAGCCCCGACUGCCUCAGCAAAUGCCAGCUGCUCCUGGAGAGAGGAAGCUCGUCAUACUCUCAGCUGCUAGCCGCCACAUGUCUUUCCAAACUGGUGUCGCGCACCAGCAGCCCCCUGCCCCUGGAGCAGCGCAUCGACAUCCGGAACUACGUGCUGAACUACCUGGCGACCCGGCCCAAGCUGGUCGCCUUCGUGACGCAGGCACUGAUCCAGCUGUACGCCCGCAUCACCAAGCUGGGCUGGUUCGACUGCCAGAAGGAGGACUACGUCUUCCGGAACGUCAUCGCCGACGUCACCAGGUUCUUGCAGGACAGUGUUGAGCACUGUAUCAUUGGCGUUACGAUCCUCUCCCAGCUGACCAAUGAGAUUAACCAAGUAAGUUCCUCAGCGCUCCUGUCCAGUGCAGACACGUCGCAUCCACUGACGAAGCACAGGAAGAUUGCGUCAUCUUUCAGAGACGCCUCUCUCUUCGAUAUCUUCACCCUCUCCUGCAACCUGCUCAAACAGGCCUCGGGGAAGAACCUGAACCUGAACGAUGAGAGUCAGCAUGGCCUGCUCAUGCAGCUGCUCAAGUUGGCCCACAACUGCCUCAACUUCGACUUCAUCGGCACCUCCACCGACGAGUCCUCUGAUGACCUGUGCACCGUGCAGAUCCCCACCAGCUGGAGAUCCGCCUUCUUGGACUCUUCCACCCUGCAGCUGUUUUUCGACUUGUAUCAUUCCAUCCCUCCAUCCCUCUCUCCGCUGGUCUUAUCCUGUUUAGUACAAAUCGCGUCUGUCCGAAGAUCGCUGUUCAACAACGCGGAGCGGGCGAAGUUUCUCUCGCACCUCGUGGACGGGGUGAAGAGGAUAUUGGAGAACCCGCAGAGUUUAUCGGACCCAAACAACUACCACGAGUUCUGCCGACUUCUGGCGAGACUGAAGAGCAACUACCAGCUGGGAGAACUGGUCAAAGUGGAGAAUUACCCAGAGGUCAUACGGUUGAUAGCUAACUUUACCGUGACUAGCUUACAGCACUGGGAGUUCGCCCCCAACAGCGUGCACUACCUGCUGAGCCUGUGGCAGCGGCUGGCCGCGUCCGUCCCCUACGUGAAGGCCACCGAGCCCCACCUGCUGGAGACCUACACCCCCGAGGUCACCAAGGCCUACGUCACCUCCCGCCUGGAGUCCGUGCACAUCAUCCUCAGAGACGGGCUGGAGGACCCUCUGGACGACACGGGGCUGGUGCAGCAGCAGCUGGACCAGCUGUCCACCAUCGGGCGGUGCGAGUACGAGAAGACCUGCGCCCUGCUGGUGCAGCUGUUCGACCAGUCGGCCCAGUCCUACCAGGAGCUGCUGCAGUCCACCAACUCCAGCGCCAUGGACAUCGCCGUGCAGGAGGGGCGCUUGACGUGGCUGGUGUACAUCAUCGGAGCGGUGAUCGGAGGCCGGGUGUCCUUCGCCAGCACGGACGAGCAGGACGCCAUGGACGGAGAGCUAGUGUGUCGGGUGCUGCAGCUGAUGAACCUGACGGACUCGCGGCUGGCCCAGGCGGGGAACGAGAAGCUGGAGCUGGCCAUGCUCAGCUUCUUCGAGCAGUUCCGAAAGAUCUACAUCGGAGACCAGGUGCAGAAAUCCUCCAAGCUUUACCGGCGCCUGUCUGAGGUCCUGGGACUGAACGACGAGACCAUGGUGCUCAGCGUCUUCAUUGGGAAGAUAAUCACCAAUCUGAAGUACUGGGGUCAAUGCGAACCCAUCACCUCUAAAACACUUCAGCUCCUCAACGACCUCUCCAUCGGUUACAGCAGCGUGAGAAAGCUGGUGAAACUCAGCGCUGUUCAGUUUAUGCUCAACAACCACACAAGCGAACACUUCUCCUUCUUGGGCGUGAACAACCAGUCCAACCUGAGCGACAUGAGGUGUCGAACCACCUUCUACACGGCCCUGGGGCGCCUCCUCAUGGUGGACCUGGGGGAAGACGAGGACCAGUUCGAGCAGUUCAUGCUGCCCCUCACGGCGGCGUUCGAAGCCGUGGCGCAGAUGUUCAGCACCAACACCUUCAACGAGCAGGAAGCAAAAAGGACUUUGGUGGGUUUGGUGAGGGACCUCCGAGGCAUCGCCUUCGCCUUCAACGCCAAGACCAGCUUCAUGAUGCUGUUCGACUGGAUUUACCCAUCCUACAUGCCCAUCCUGCAGCGAGCCAUCGAGCUGUGGUACCAUGUGCCCGCCUGCACCACGCCUGUCCUUAAACUGAUGGCUGAGCUCGUCCAUAACAGGUCACAGCGGUUGCAGUUUGACGUGUCGUCGCCCAAUGGAAUCCUGCUUUUCAGGGAGACCAGCAAGAUGAUAACCACGUACGGUAACCGCAUCCUGACGCUGGGGGAGGUGCCCAAGGACCAGGUGUACGCGCUGAAGCUGAAGGGCGUGUCCAUCUGCUUCGCCAUGCUGAAGGCCGUGCUGAGCGGGAACUACGUCAACUUCGGCGUCUUCCGCCUGUACGGCGACGACGCGCUCGACAACGCCCUGCAGACCUUCAUCAAGCUCCUCCUCUCCGUCCCCCACAGCGACCUGCUGGACUACCCCAAGCUCAGCCAGUCCUAUUACUCGCUGCUGGAGGUCCUGACCCAGGAUCACAUGACCUUCAUCGCCAGCCUGGAGCCGCACGUCAUCAUGUACAUCCUGUCAUCCAUCUCCGAGGGGCUCACGGCGCUGGGUAGGACUCAGUCAGUCAGCGUGCUCUACACCAUGGUGUGCACGGGCUGCUGCUCCAGUCUGGACCACAUCGUGACGUACCUGUUCAAGCAGCUCUCGCGCAGCACCAAGAAGCGCGCGGCGGCCCUGGCCCAGGAGAGCGACCGCUUCCUGCACAUCAUGCAGCAGCACCCCGAGAUGAUCCAGCAGAUGCUGUCCACGGUCCUCAACAUUAUCAUUUUUGAAGACUGCCGAAAUCAGUGGUCCAUGUCACGGCCUCUCCUGGGCCUGAUCCUGCUGAACGAAAAGUACUUUGCGGAUCUGCGGAGCAGCAUCGUGAACAGCCAGCCGCCCGAGAAGCAGCAGGCCAUGCACCUGUGCUUCGAGAACCUGAUGGAGGGCAUCGAGCGCAACUUGCUAACGAAAAACCGGGACAGGUUUACGCAGAACCUCUCGGUGUUCCGGAGGGAGGUGAACGACUCCAUGAAGAACUCCACCUACGGGGUCAACAGCAACGAAAUGAUGAGCUGACAUUCCACGCCCCGCCCCCCUCCACAGCCCCGCCCUCCCUAGGCCAGGACGUCAGGGGACCACCGCCACCGCCGCGCGCGCACCCGAAAACCGACCCCGAAAUCCCGUCCCCUUCGACUUCCCCCUUCCCGUGUGAAUUUAUCUUUAAAGCCAGUUUCCAAGGGUCACCGUUUUUGACCAAACUCUGAGAAUUGGGGCUCAAAGUCCAAAGAAUGAAUUAUAGACUUUUUGGGAGGGUGGUUCUUUUGGGGGGGGGGGGGAGGGGGGCAACACCGAGGGGAUGGGGAGAGGGUGGGGGGCGCGGGGUGGGUGGGGUGGCAGGAGCAGAGGAUGUACUGGAAAGGGAGGCCCCGAACCCCGGCAGGAGGGCAGCUGGGCGGGGCAGGGGUAACGGUACUCCUCUCAUUCUGCCUGCCUUGUAUAAAUAAUACACAGAAAAGUGUACAUUUUUUUCAUAACAUUUUGAACGUUUAUAAUAAUUAAAUUUAAGAAGAAAAAAAAAUGGACAAAAAAAAAAAAAAAAGUGUGAUUGAAAUUUUUACAGUCCUCCGGAGUGUCGAGUCUGUCUGUGUGUGCGGAGAGCAGCGCGUCUCCAGUGACGGGUCGCCGUCGGUUUCGAACGUGCGGCGAAGCGGGGCUCGCCUCAAAGAGGUAGAGGUGUGGGGGGGGGUGGGGGUACUGACGGACGGACGGAGGGAGGGAGAGAGAGAGAGACGCUCUGAGCUGUCGUACAUUUUCCUGUAACUUUCCGAAAAAGGGGAGCACGUGGGACGUGUAGACGCCAACUCCAGCUGGGCUCGCGUACCCGUGAGGAGUCGCUGGAGGGGGAGGAUGACUUUGGUGUGCGGGGUGACCUUUGACCUUGCUUAGACUGAGCGUGGCGUUCUCCUUCCUGUCUCCCCCGGGCUCUGGCGUGCUGUUAGACGGCGACGGUAGACCCUCGAGGCUUCGCUCACCUCCCCCUUAACGUACGGAGCUGUCGCGUGGCAUCGAGUCGCGGUCCCGUGAACCAAUCGGGAAGGCUUCCCCCAAAUCCAAUACAUCACGAUCGACUCAAAAAAAUAAGUACUUUGAAGCUUCGCCCAUUUCUGGGGUGGGGGGGUGGGGGUGCUUGUGAAGCCUCAAAUGCCCAGCACUGCAUUUGGGCCUUCCCUAAUACCAGGAACGGGUAAGACGGGGGGGGGGUGAGGACCCCCAAUUUCACAGGCUGCGAUCAUCCCUGGCCCGGCAUAGGACGAAAUCUCACAUUAGGACAAUCCUGAGUGGCCAGAGAAGCGUGGAAUCAGGGUUUUUGAAACCCUGAAGGGAAGCCCUCCUGCGGACAUGGAGGGCGGGGUGCAGUCUAACCCGCACUGCGCCUCGCGCUCGGAGGGAGCGCUGACGUUCGUUUCCUCUCCCUUUCCUUUCUAUCUCACCCGCCGCUGGACUCGUAACGUUGCCUAGGAAACAAUUUUUAAGAAAAUUGUUUUUAAUGUUAUGAUGAUGACACUAGAGGAAAUUUGCGACGGAGGUAGGAACAAAACAAAAAAAAUUGCACUGAUUGAAACGGAUCCUACAAUUUCAGCAGGCUGUGUUGAGUUUUCUUUUAUUUUUUAUUUUGUGGUUUGGGGGGGGGUGGGGGGGGGGGAGAUAGGAAGUCUGAGGUUGCAGUGAUGUGUCCUUGCAGGCAUUGGUGCUCAUGUUAUUCUGGUCAUCCGGGGAUGGAGUGAGGUACUGAUGGGAGAAGAAAUAGGACUUCCCCCCCCCCCCCCCACCGUUCUCUCACUUAGCCUGUCUAGCAGUCAGAACUGACCCCACCCUCAUUCGCAUGUCCGAAGAAACCCACCUUAAUUUUAAUUACCGAAGGAAAUUAUGCAUAAAUCGCACUAAGUAAGAGUAAGUAAUACAGAAUGGAUUUAUAUUAGCAAUUUGUGCUACUCUCGACGAGUGUUGCUGCUAAUCGUUUGUGAAGACCUAGCUCAUCUCUAACCAUGUUUAACAAUCAACCAUACUUAAAUUUUUUUGUUUUUUGUUUUUUAAAUCCUUUGUUUCCUGAUGCGAAUGUGUCCAUUUGGGAAACUGUGUGUUGGGUCCAUUGAGUGGUGAGGUAGCUGGUUGACCAGUUUGGAUGUCUGCUGCAUUAUAGUGUAAGCACCGUGACUGCAAAAGAAAUAAAUAAACAUUGGUUUGUACUGA